GUUUGUUCUUUGCCGAUGAGAUGUGACAUAGUAUUUCCACACCCCAAAGCCAUGCAAUAGAUCAAAGAAGAUGACUGAAGGACUUGGUUUAUAAACAUGAAUAAAGAGAUGACAAUUAACUGUAUCAGAUCAGUGGGAAGCAUUACCAUCCCCAAGGAGGUAGUUGGGGUGGUAGGCCGCAGAACAUUUGCCUCUGGGGGUGGUAAAGCAAAAAAGGGCUCUAAAGGUGGUGGGGCCGCUGAUGCUGCAAAGGCAUCAACACUAAGCAAAGAAGUCAAGUCCACUACAGUGGGUGGUGCUAAUAUCGUGAAGGAUGGAAUUGAUCCUAAAAUCUUGUCAGACUCUGAAUACCCAGAUUGGCUGUUGCACCUGCUUGAUAAAAGCUCGUCAUUGAGUGUAUUAAGAAGGAAGAACGUAGAAACUCUCUCUUAUGAGGAUCUCAAAUGCUUUGUUAAGCUGGAUGUCAGAGCGAGGAUCAAGGAGAACAACUCUGUCAGUGCUAAAAACUAACUGGAAAUGUGAGAGCCAUUAAUUUAUUUGUAAAGUUUCAUGUUGGUUUCGCUUAAUGUUGCCUCAGUAAUUGACUGACAUGUGUGGAGACGAUAGAAUGGAAUUGAGGAUAAAGCAGAUGUGCUUUAGGAGAUAAAUUUGGGUCCUAAUGUAUUUUACUUUUUCUUGAUAAAUUCUGUAUUGCUAAUUAGAAGGCUAUGGUUUAUUGAUAUUAGAAAGUUUG